AUAAUUCAAAAAGAAGAAGAAGAACAAAAAAAAUCUGUCUAGGUGUCAAAGUUUUUUAAAAAAGCAAAAAUAUGUUUUGAAAUUAUUUUCGAUAAAUUUUGAUGUUGUGUAAGCUUUAAAGGACAUCCAUGACUGCAGCGAAUAUACCAAUCCACAACUCUAACUCUCCUCCUUUGUACAAUGAUCAAAGGAGGUCUAUCAUGCCUGACAUUUCUAGAGACAGUGGAGCACCUCCGUCCUAUGAAGAAGCCAUUAAUCCUAAUGCUCCACCUCCUUCAUAUGAUUCACUGUUUGGAAGAGUCCGUGAGGCUCAGAAAACAAGUAAAGGAGUUUUAGAAUUUCUGAAGAAUCUCAUCAUUAUAGUUUUAGGAACACUUGGAUGUACAAUAAUAUUAGGUGUUACAAUAGUUAUUCCAAUUUGUAUGAUUAUAAUGGGGUCCAUUUAUUUACAUGAUUGUCCCCAAGGAGAAUAUAUUCCUGUGUACUUAUUAGUUGGAGGUAUAUUUGGGAUAAUAAAGCAACUUUUGCAUUUGUCAGCUAGAGUAAGACAAACAGAAGAAGAGAGACAAGAAGAGAAUUUAAGGCAAUCUCCCACCCAAACAUUAUUGAAUUGUUUCAUGCUCGGGUGGUUUAUUAUAGUUCUUCUAUUGGUUAUUCAAAAUCGAAGAACUGAGAUGGGUAUGUGCUUUGCUGCUGAAACUGCAAUUGUUAAAAUGUUUCAUAAUGUUCGAACACCUUUCAAACAUGUACUUGGUACACAAGUGCUAUUUUUGGAGGAGCCCCUAAAAAAGUUUAAUCAGGUAUUUUCUACUAUUGAGAUAAGUUGAUAAAUUAAUCGUUUCCUAAGUAUAAUGGUAGCAUAAAGACUCGUAAGAUAGGUAAAGAACAACUCUUGUAUCUAGAUGAAAUAAUUUGUUUACGAAUGAAUUUCAUUUCAAAUUGUGUACACAUUUUAUUCAAAAGAAGGCAUUUUUAUGUUUAUUUUAAUCAACCAAAUUGAAAUAAAAUAUGUGAAUUGAUCAUCUUAAUUACCUCUUCAUUGAAUACGUUAUAUUUUACUGCUAUAUGAACAUUACAAAAAUUCAAUUGCCAAAAGUGUUUGAUAAAUGAUGAAGAUAUAUAUCCAAGGAGGAAAAAUGAAGACCAAAUGUUCUUUACCCAUUUUACAAUAUAUUUAAUUGUUGAUUCUUGUGUAUGUUGAUAAACUGCUUCAUUAUCCUGUUAUGAUAUACUAUAUUUAUUAUAAAAUAUGGCUCUUAAGAAGUUGAAAGUGCGGUAUUUUGUAAACUACGAAUGAUAGCUUUAUCAUAUGACGAGUCGAGUCAACUAAUAUUAUGGUAGUGAAAUUGGUAGUGAAUAGGCUUUACCAAGUAGUUUCGAUUUUGAGUGGAAAUAUUUUUCAAACUAUAAUUGGAUACCACCAAUACAAGAUGCCUAUAGAGAAUAAUCCAUCAGUUUAUCGAUUUUCCACAUAUUUUUGAAUAUUUUCUGACUACUGACUUUUGGAAAUAUUUUUAUAUAGAACUUACCGAGGUCCUCAAAAACGUAUUUGACUAAAUUUUGUAUUUCAUUUCUUUUUCAUUCCAAGCAAAUUUUUAUUUUUCUCAAAUAUAUUUUUUGAACCAUUGGGUUCAUAAAUAAAUGUAAUGUGGUCCCCAAAUUUGAGUUUUUUUGUCAAUAAAUAUACCAAAAAAUUUGUUGCAUAAUGUAUUCCCAAUUACACUAGCAUUUGAAGCUGAGGGAAUAUCAUCCACACCACAAAUGAAAGAUAAUAUAUUGGUUUUUAAAAUAUUGAAUGCUGAGAGAUUUGCCUGACACCAAUCAUUAUCUGAGCAAAUGCCGUUGUGAAGUUCAGUAGUAUUACUUUCAUGCCAUAAAAUUGAAGUGUCGCCUGUAGAUAAAGUGAAUUUACCCUCUAUAUCAAUGGUUAAGUCGUUGAUGUAAAGGAGAAAUAUGGUGAGGCCUAGUAUUGAACCUUGUAGCACUCCGUGAGUUAUAUGAGACAUUUCAAAUGAAGUAGAAGAUUUAACCAAUGACUUAAUCGGAAAAAACAAAGACCUAGCAGCAUUAUUAUUGUAUUUUUCAAUUUUAAACCUUGGAGUAACCUGGAAUCUGAAUAUAUGUAUUUUGAAAUUCAAAAGUAAAAUAUUUUUCUUUAGUAUCAACAAUCAAGCUAUUAACGUAUUUAGCACAUUGCCAAUUUCACUAUUCAAUGGCACUUUAUAGGACCUCUAUCAGUUUUAUUAACUAAAGGCUUUUUGCCUAUGUACUCCUCACUAAAAAAUUGACUUUCUGUAUUUGGACAUUCUUGUUAAAUCUUCCCGGCAGACAUUUGAUAAUAGAAAAUGAAAUGAGAAUAAUUGUGAUCCCCACAACUCAAUUGCAAUUUUCAGAUGUUAUAAGAUGUUAUUUUAUUAUUUGAAAGAAUAUAUUUGUGUUUGUGCUUUGACAACAGUUUUGAAAAAGAAACAAUCAGUGCCUGAAAGUAUCUGUUCAUGUCCUAUAUUUUUAACAUAACAGGCAUUUCUUGGGAUAUUACCAUUAAUUAUUCAUAAAAUACGUUUGACAGGUAUUGACAAUGAACAUACUUCAAAGAACUGAAUUGUUUUUUUUUUUUGUUGUAAAAUUAUGGCUGUGGUAUUUUUGCAUUCCACGGAUCUGAUUCGAGUCGAUUUUAUUUUUUAAUGUAUGGUUUGAGAAAAUUAAUGCCAUGUUUUAUCUGUGAUAUCUAAUUUUAUAAUUGCUAUCCUUUUGGAAUUUUUGGGAAGGUAUUCUAUUUAAAUUUCUAUAUUUUUGUUACAAUUACUUUAUACAGUUUUGGAUAGUUGGUUUAACAUCAUCAUGAGAUUUUAGGUAAGACUCAUUAGAUAAAUACUCUUACUGUUUAAUUAUUUAUCAGUUCUGUAGAAUCUCAAAAUACACACAUAAUGAAGUCCCAUUCAGAUGGUAAGUUGCGUUUAAUUAUAUAUACAAGGCAGCCCAAACGGGUACCUCCACAAAUUUUUGUUAGAUAAGAUUCUCCAAGACCUAUCAGAAUCACCACCAUAGAUUAGAUUAGAGUACUUUAUUUGACCAUUUUACAUACAGUUGUACAUUUAGAUAAGUCACAAAUACAGAAAUCCUUGAUAUGUUAUGAGACUUAUUGUAGUUUCCAAGUUAUGAAUUUUUCAGAAUCUCUAUAGAAAUUUUGGCAGAACUGACUUUUUAAAUUUUUAUCACAGGAGUAGUCUUUGAUAUUUUUUUUGACAUGAUCUUGAUGAAUAAUACGAUCUGAAAUUACCUAACGAUAUGAAAAUGUUCAUUGAUAUUGAAGAAUUCACAUUUUCACAAGAUAAAGUUAAAUUCUCAUAUCAUAUCAUAAGGAUCAUGUAACAAAAAAAUCGAUGAAAACUAAAAAAAUAUUUGGGCUGACCCGGUAGAAAAACAGAAAUAUUGAAAAAAUUGAUAACUUGAUAGGACUUGAGAUCUCCUAUCUGAAAAAAGUAUUUUGGACAUGUCCGUUCGGGCCAUUCUAUAUUUUUUAUUUACUUUUGUUAUAAAAUGAGAGACUGUGUGCAUCUCUAUUGGGAUUUGUAACUAAUUAGACUUUUUUUUUCAAAUCCUGUUACUUUUUUUAGUGGUUUAAAACAGUUGUCAAUACCUAUUCAAUGUACAAGUGAAAUCAUAAAGCAUUUUGAUAUCUUGUGACUCCCAUGUAAAUUAUGAUAAUAACUGAUGGUACACCAUUGGAUAGUUUUAAGGUAGAGAUUUAAACUCCAAAAAGUAAAUGAUUAAUAUUUUGAUACCAUACUGCUCAGCUGAAUAGAUGUUAAGGUUAAUUAUACCCCAAUCAGCUUCCAUUUUCAUCAGUGUUGACAAUGGAACUUUCCACUGAAAUUGUAUAACCACAUAGGUGAAAACUAUAUGCAUAAUAAUAGCCUGUUUUAUGUCUUUUAAAAUAUUUUGUCGGUGGAUUUUUCAUAAUCGAGGAGAAACGAUGGUCGUGACAUCACUAACAUUUGAUAUGAACUUGGCAUCAACGUAAAACUUGUUGACAAAACAUAUCCCAAACACAGUGCAUUUGUGUUCCAACACCAGGUAGCGCUAUUUCGACCUGUCAUAGGUCUCCUCAGUGGUGCUAGGCCGAACCACAAAUGCAUUGGUUGACUCAACUGUCCUUAAUGGACAAGCCUAAGUGAAGAAAGGCUAUGACAUCUCCUGUUACGAAGACGCUGUCUGUGAGAUCGACUCAAUCCUCGAAAGAAAAACGAGGUUUCCCAAGCGGUCAUCCCGUAGAUGACGUUCUCAUAAGGGGAAAUAUCGCCCUUCUCUACCAUAGCACUAAUUGAAUAGUUAUGUCGAAUAUUUAUUCAUAUACAUUUUUCUGCUUUACAAAUCAUAUACAUUUUGGAACGUGGUUUGAAAGGGGGUAAGUAUUAUUGAGUAGUAACGUUGUCAUAUUCAAAACUUUGAUUUUCCUUUGCAGUGGAAAAAUUUGGGUGUUACUUUUUUUCUUGAAACCCAACCUAAAUGGAUAAAAAUAAAUAUUUUACAAACUAUUACAAAACUACUUUUACAUUUGAAUGCUGAAAUGACUCACUUGUAUGUAGAAUAAGGAUUCAAUUUAAUCUAAAAUAAAAAACUAUAAUCGGUAACCAAAGACUAGCAGAGGUGCACUUUAUUUGUAAAAGUACCGAUUCUAUAAGAUACUGUGUGAAAUAAUCAGCAGUUACCCCAUGAUACCAUGCUGUCGCAAGAAUUGAAUUAUUCUUGGCAAUUAUGAGAUAAUUUCGCUGAAUUCAAAGAAUCCAUGUUCAAAAUUUUGAUUUAUUUCCAACAAUACUCGCCUACAGACAGCAUUUUCACUUUUGUUUUCUGGCGUAAACAUGUACAAGUGUUUCGAAUUUAUUACUAGAAAGCAAGCUACAUGUAAUUGACUGCCAGAAAAGCAGGAUUCUUUGCGGCAGAUGCCUCGUGCUAUGUAAACCUACCAAUGGAUAGCGCCACUCAUACAAAAAAGGCUUCGUAUGAUUUACAAUGAUCUGGGAUGUUCCUGAAAGUUCCAAAAUGUUCCGGAAUAUUCCAGAAUGUUUCGGGAUGUUCUGAAGUGUUGUAUGCUCUCAAAUAUUCUGGACCGUCCUAGAAACUUAUAAAUGGCGAAAUUUCAUCCCUCAUGUUCGAAAGAACGCUCGUCAAGUAAAAACAAAAACCUUCUUCAUGGAUGGGGAAUAGUGGUUCUUCACACCAUGUAACUUCCUUGAUCAUAGCGGAACUUCUUUCUUAGUUUUUAGCGGCAUGCACAUUGUGUACUUUUAUAGUAUCUAUUGUUGGGAAAGAAAGGUUUCCUUCCUACUUCCCCAUAUAAAGAUGAAGUAGAAAGACAAAACAUUUCUUUCCCAAAAAUUAAUCUCUCCUAAAAUUAUACCCCCAUUCAAUUCAAAGUAUAUAAUGAUUACAGCAAGCUACGACACUUUAUGUGAUGGAAUUGGCCAAUACUUGAUGAAAAUUCAUAACAUAUUCAAGUAACACUUUAUUGUGAGAUUUUCACUAAACAGUGUGCAAAGCUGCAAAAUGUGUUCAUACUCGGUAUGAUAAUGUAGUCUUACAUAUACCAGGAUUCAUUGAAUGGGAAGCGAAUUUUAAGAAAAGAUUUCACCAUAAACUUGUUCAAUUGGUACUUGAAAAUUUUUAUAUUACGAAUUACUCAGUAGUGUUUCUCAUCUAUUUUUUUCAACUUCGAGAAAUCCAGCGAAGCUGUUCUGCUUUCCUCUUCUAGGGCUUAACUGUAGAAGCAUUUAUAGAUUACCAUAUUUGACAUGAACAUGAAACUUGUAUAAACCACCAAACUAUGUAUUGGAUUUGAAUUCAUUCUUUAAACUCAAAAUUAGCCGUUUCGUUCAUUCUGUCAAAAAUAAUACGAAGAAAUCAAACUUGAAUUGGACAUAUUCUUGCCACAAGACAAACCAAAUUACUGUAAAAAAUUUGGAAAAAAAUCAGUAUAUCACGAUGGGAUCAUUAUAUAUAAUUCAAUUCCAGAGAAAAUAAAAGAAAACGAUUCCAUUACAAAAUUUAAAUAUCAAUUGAAAAACAAAUUCCAAUUAGCGGAAUUUCAUAAUUUGCA